UUUCUAGUCUUCUUCGGUCCCCCUCUCUCUCUCUCUCUCUCUCUCUCCAUCAAAUGCCCAGUGAACUUGUUUCUUUCUCGCUUUUCUCUCUCUCUACCUUCUUUUUUUCUUUUUUCUCUCUCUAGAAGUAGCCACCGCGUAAAUGUCUUUUCUGAGAGAUUCCGGACGCGUACAUGCCUCCACUACUUCAAAUAUUAAAAAAUUCGUUCAAACAUACUAUACUAGUGUUCUUAUGUUAAAUCUUCUCUCUCUUCAUCAUCUCUAGGCGCAUAUUAGCUGGAAAAUAAACUUCCCACAGUUAUUGUAUAAAAUCUUUACAUUAAAAACAAUCAAUGAAUGAAUUAGCGAGGCAUGGGCGGCGAUGGGCGUCGGACACCGUCUCAAGCAAGGCGCUGAGCGGCGGAUCUUCGCCGGGAACUGACUCUGGAUCUGCAGCGACGCCGCCGCCGGCGAAGGAGGAGUUUGUCGAAGUGACACUCGACCUCCAAGACGAUGACACGAUCGUGCUCCGCAGUGUGGAACCGGCAACGAUCCUUAACAUCGACCGAGAGUUCGCCUUCUUCGGAGGAGCGGACACUCCGCCCGCGUCGGCGUCCGCCUCUGGUUCGCGGUCUCCGACAAUGAGGCGGAGUUCGUCGAAUCGUCUCCUUCAGUUCUCGCAAGAGUUGAAAGCAGAGGCGGUUGCAAAAGCGAAGCAUUUCUCUCAGGAGUUGAAGGCGGAGCUGAAGCGGUUCUCGUGGAGUCACGGUCAUGCGUCGCGUUCAGCGAUUCAAAACGCUCUCGUAGUAGGAGGUAGCAACGGUCUGGACUCUGCUUUGGCCGCUCGGGCUCUCCGUCAACAGAGAGCUCGUCUCGAUCGCACUCGUUCUGGUGCCAAAAAAGCUCUAAAAGGACUCAGAUUCAUCAGCAGUAGCAAAAACAACAGCGUCGAUGGAUGGAACGAAGUUCAGAACAGCUUCAACAAGCUUGCCAAGGACGGUUAUCUCUAUCGUGCCGAUUUCGGACAAUGCAUAGGAAUGAGAGAUGAUUCAAAGGAAUUUGCGUUGGAAUUGUUCGAUGCUCUGAGCAGACGACGAAGGUUGAAUGUUGACAAGAUCAGCAGAGAUGAGCUUUACGAGUAUUGGUCUCAAAUCACUGAUCAGAGCUUCGAUUCUCGACUUCAGAUCUUCUUCGAUAUGGUGGACAAGAAUGAGGAUGGCAGAAUUACAGAAGAGGAAGUUAAAGAGAUCAUAAUGUUGAGUGCUUGUGCAAAUAAAUUAUCAAGAUUAAAAGAACAAGCAGAGGAAUACGCAGCUCUAAUCAUGGAAGAGUUAGAUCCUGAAGGGCUUGGCUACGUUGAGCUAUGGCAGCUGGAGACACUUCUUUUACAGAAAGACACAUAUCUCAAUUACAGUCAAGCACUCAGCUACACGAGCCAAGCCUUGAGCCAGAGCCUACAUGGGCUAACAAAAAGAGGCCCAUUACGAACCAUGACUUCAAAACUUCUCUACUUCCUGCAAGAUAACUGGAGGAGAGUUUGGGUUCUCUGCCUGUGGAUCAUGAUAAUGGCUGGUCUGUUCACUUGGAAGUUCUUUCAGUACAAACAGAAAAAUGCAUUCAAGGUCAUGGGUUAUUGUCUCCUCACGGCUAAGGGCGCAGCCGAGACUCUCAAAUUCAACAUGGCUCUUAUCUUAUUGCCUGUGUGCAGGAACACUAUUACUUGGCUGAGGUCCACCAAAUUGGGUUUUUUUCUACCCUUUGACGAUAAUAUCAACUUUCACAAGACCAUUGCUGCUGCCAUAGUAAUUGGUGUCAUACUUCACGUUGGAAACCAUUUGGCAUGUGAUUUCCCAAGGAUUAUAAAUGAGUCCGAUGCAAAGUAUAAGCUUUAUUUGAUCAAUGAUUUUGGCCCUCAUAAGCCAAAGUACACGGGCUUGAUUCAAGGGGCCGAGGGUGUGACAGGAAUUCUAAUGGUGAUUUGCAUGUCUAUUGCUUUCACACUCGCAACACGGUGGUUUAGGCGGAGCCUUAUUAAGCUGCCCAAGCCCUUUGAUAGGUUGACAGGCUUCAAUGCCUUCUGGUAUUCACACCAUCUGUUCGUCAUUGUCUACAUCUUGCUCAUCACCCAUGGCACGUUUUUGUAUCUUGUGCACAAAUGGUACCUUAAGACGACAUGGAUGUAUCUUGCUGUUCCUGUUCUCUUCUAUGCAGGGGAAAGAACUGUGAGAUUCUUUAGAUCUGGCUUCUGUCAUGUCCGGCUUCUAAAGGUUGCUAUAUAUCCGGGAAACGUUCUCACAUUGCAAAUGUCCAAGCCUCCCCAGUUUCGAUACAAGAGUGGACAAUACAUGUUCGUCCAGUGCCCUGCUGUUUCUCCAUUUGAGUGGCACCCGUUCUCCAUAACCUCAGCCCCUGAUGAUGACUACCUUAGCAUUCACAUCCGGCAGCUAGGUGACUGGACACAAGAGCUUAAGAGGGUUUUCUCAGAGGCCUGUGAGAUUCCGGUUGCUGGGAAGAGUGGGCUACUCAGAGCUGAUGAAACAACAAAAAAGAGUUUGCCAAAGCUCUUAAUAGAUGGGCCUUAUGGAGCUCCAGCACAAGAUUACCGAAAUUAUGAUGUCCUACUACUUGUUGGUCUUGGGAUUGGAGCAACACCUUUUAUCAGUAUACUGAAAGAUUUGCUCAACAGCAUUGUCAAAAUGGAGGAACUAGCUGUAAUGAACUCAGAUCAGAGUGUUGCCACUACUGAAUCUGCCUCCCUCAAUAAGGUUCAUCUAAAAACAAAGAAAACUCUGAAGACAACAAAUGCCUACUUCUAUUGGGUAACUAGGGAGCAAGGCUCAUUUGAUUGGUUCAAAGGGGUCAUGAAUGAAGUUGCUGAUCUUGAUCAAAGGGGUGUGAUUGAGAUGCACAAUUACUUGACAAGUGUUUAUGAAGAAGGGGAUGCUAGAUCUGCACUCAUCACCAUGGUCCAAGCACUAAACCAUGCUAAGAGCGGGGUUGAUGUUGUAUCCGGCACUAGGGUGAGAACUCAUUUUGCAAGGCCUAAUUGGAAAAAGGUUUUGUCUAAACUAUGUACAAAGCAUGCUAAUGCAAGAAUAGGAGUUUUCUACUGUGGAGCACCAGUCUUGGCUAAAGAACUCAACAAACUCUGUCAUGAGUUUAAUCAAAAAGGUUCCACCAAGUUUGAAUUCCACAAGGAGCAUUUUUAAAGAUUUUUUGGGGGUGCAUAUGGACCUACUAUAUAUAUUUACACCACCAACCCCACUAAAAGUCACACCCAUCUCCAACACCUGCAUUCACAUAGAGAUUUAGAAUGAUUAUAGAGAGGAGAAAAAAAAAAAAAAAAAAAAAGAAGAAAAAGAAGAAGAAGAAGAAGAAGAAGAAAGAUGAGGUUGCAACAAAGCAUUGCAUCAUCCUUAGUUACAAAGGGUAGAGCAAAGUGUAUGUAUACAAUUUUACUUUUCCAAUAUAGUAUACUUAUAUAUACUCACCAAACACAACCCAAAACAUGGUUCUGGUUGGUGCGAUCAGAUGGUUAUGUAUUAUCCAAUAGUAAAAGAUGCAUGAUCAUUUGAUUUACACAAUUAUAUGAUCAUGCAUAAUUUGUAAGUAUUUUUGGCAUGACUUAGAAAAAUACAAUAUAGAAAGAAUAAAGUGUACGAAACAA